UGCACAGUGUUGCUGUGAGCGGUCCUACGCUGGUUUUGUGCGAAUCCCAUUCGUCAACUUCCGUAAUAGUAAAGUAUUCGCUCUUGAGAUACUGCUAGGGAGCUUGGCUAUUAAGCGGACGGCAAUAAUGGGAGCUCACAGAAGUGAUGAAAGAGGUGACUGGCUACAGGAGGAUCCUGCCGAGCAGCACCAGCACCAGUUAUCUUCGAACCCAUGGAACAUCAUGAUCAAGCACAGACAGGUUCAUCGAAGGGGACGACGCUCUCAAAUGGCAGUAAGUUUCACAGAUCCUGUCAUCUCCAUGGAUUUACUUAGGUCAGUACUGCAGCCCAGCAUUAAUGAAGACAUUCAGGCUGUCAUUAGCAAAUACAUGAAGUUUUUUCAGAAAGCAGCCAGCAAUGUGAAGGAGAAUGUGGGUGAUGAGGUGCAGGCUGACCAACUGAUACGGGACACUUGCAGAAGCUGCCUGGAACAUGCAAAACAGCUUUACCCAGACAGUGACAAACCCAGUGUGAAGCCUCCCAUUGAUGGCCUGGUGAUGAAGCGUAGCAAACAGAUUGAUGAGGAAUCCAGUCAAAGAGGAAGUCCCAUUCAAAAAAAGAGGAAAGGUCGUCCACCAGGACCAGUCAUCAGUUUUGAUCGUGUUGCUCCUGUGGGAUUCUUGUCAAAGCCAAAGGUAGUUGAGCCUCUGAAGAGGGAUGGACCGAAGUGGGAUCCAACCCGGUUAAGUGAGAACACCACCUUUGUGCUUGGCUCCCGUGCAAAUAAGGCUCUUGGAAUGGGUGGCACAAGAGGCAGAAUUUAUAUCAAACAUGCAGAUCUGUUUAAGUAUGCAGCAGACCCUCAAGAUAAGCACUGGCUGGCAGAAAGGCAGCACAUGAGGGCUACAGGGGGUAAGAUGGCCUAUCUUCUCAUUGAGGAGGACGUUCUAGACCUGGCCCAAAGUGAUGAUUACAGAGACUGCCCAGAGCUGAAGCUUGAUGAGCUAAAGCCUUUCAGAGUGCCAAUAUGGAUGAUUGAGAAAAUGCAGAAGACAAUGGACUCCAUGAGAACAGAGAAGGACUAGGUGUCAUGCUACAGCCAAAAGCAGUUUUAUUUGGUGUCAUUUUUUGAUUCUUUGGACCUGCGGUGGGGAUGGCUGAGUGUGCCAAGCUUCUCUUACCUUCAGAGCGUGUGGGACUCAAUUCUACAAAGCGUGUGCGGUUAUUUGUGUGACUUUUUUUUUUUUACUAUUUCUUUUUUUGGGAACAUUUUCUUCUAUAUGUGAAAGUGAGACAUGUAUUCCAACUCCUCAUUCAGCCACAACAACAGCUCAGUCACUGCUACGAUGGCAGAGUUAUCAGCUGGUGGUUUAGGGAGAAGAAUUUUCAGGACUGGAGCACAGCAAUGGGCACUUUGUUUUACUCAGUCAGCAGGCAGUUGUUUGUUUGGCUGUGUGUUUAUCGUGGCGCCGAUACUUCCUUCCUACCCUUUUUUUACUUUUGUAUAAUUUCUUCAUGGCCCUUUGAGUUUUGGUGGAGACUGUUAGUGGGUUAGGCAUUCACUAAAAGCAAGAGAUAAGCCCAAACAAAUGUACAUGCUGGUGUUCUAGUUACUGGGCUUUUUAUACAUUAAAAUAUAGAGCACUGGGAAAAAAAAAGACUAUUUUAAACGCAUGACUGGGACUGCCCACUCAUAUUCCUCACAAUGAUCCUUAUUUUUUUCUUUAAAUUUUAAAAGCUAUAAUGUAUUAAUUGCGUAUUUUUUUUUUUUAUUUAUUUAAAAAAUUGUACUCUGAUUAAUUUCCCCUGCUGCGGUGCAUGAUGUCCUUAAGCCUGCUUAGGUUUCUACUCGUGAUCCGAUUGCUGACUCGAGAGUGAGGCAGUUUUCUAGGAUAAACAUAAUAGUGUCAAUGUAGCAUUUCAUUAACAAAGUGUAGUUCUAUUAUAUUUUAAAUUACAGUGGAUAUGGUGGCGUGGGAGAGUUCUGUUCUUAAUGCUUCUGCUUGUCCACAGUGUGUUGCCCUUUUAAAUCCUCUUAAGGUGUCUGUUGGUGGAGUACAGUAUGGGUAGAUAAAGUAGUUUGGUUCGGCUGGCUGCUGGGCCCAAAUCAAAGUAAUCCUGCUUUUUUGCUGGACUGGGACUUGCAGUUCUGCACUGUACUUGGGUCCAGCUUGCGGGAGGCAGGUGAGAAAUUGAGCUGGCUAUAUGCCAUUGUACAGAAAGCCUUAUUGUUCAGUAACAACAAAAUAGUGCAUGAGAAGAGGCCAACGUGGAAUACCGGGCAUCAGUUCUUUGGGGACUUGGCCACUUUCAGGUUAACGGUAGGAAGUCGGAUACAUUGCUUUAUUAGUGUUUACAUCUGAUGACUAAAGGCAUGUGUACGCUGGCCAAGAUAUUGAAGUCACUUAUACACUGUUUGUUUUUAGACCAUGGUUACGUUUUGAGAAUAGUUGUCUAUGUUUUGCAUAAUUAUGCAACUUCCAUUUAAAUUACUUUUUUUAUUGUUUCAUAUAUCACCUGUUUGGGACCGUGAGGUGCUAAGUAGUACUACAGGUGAACUGGUCCUGGGUGACCCUGGGAACAAAACAUCACCUGACAGGUGAAAGUAGGAGACGGUACAACAUGCCCGCAGGUGCAGCGUGACUGCUUAACAAACUGAGUGUGUCGGAGUGGACUCUGCCCGUUGGACUGUUAUCUGUUGCAGUUUGGUUUUUUUUUUUGUUGUCGGUGUCUUUAAAUUUUGACUUAUUUUAGCGUUUUCAUUCUUUGAAUAAUACUAAAAUUAAAGCCUUGUAAAAUAUCAGAUACAAGUUGUACACAUUUCACAGCCAAUAGUAAGAAUUGAUUACAAUAAAAUGGUGACUUUUUUCAUA